AUGUCCACUCAACGAACACCUCCGAAAUUAUCGACUACAGCUGUGGGACAUACACAGUCGGAAUCUGAUUUAAACGCACUGCAGCAAUGCGAUGUUUCUUUCGUGAAUAUAACACGAAAUAAGCGCCCUCGCACUGAAUUGGCCCCGUCACCGGCAAGUGAUAGUCAUGACCAGAAGCAUGAUAUAAUGGAAUUGUUAACUAACUGGUAG